UUGGGGGGACCGUGCAAGGUCCAUUUGGCUCAACGUGUUGUCAACAAAUCACUUUUCGGCGCUUUCGCCUCACCAGCAGAAUGUCUUUCAGAGACGAUGAAUCCUCAGAUGUCGGCCUUUCGGGUCAAACAAAGCUGGAGAGCUUCCUGUUCAGUUGUGAGCUCUCCUCCAAAGUUCCCUUCUACUGCUUCCAAGGAGACGAGGACGACGACCUGGAGCACUUCAUUGAGCUCAGAACGGUUUGUCUAGGGGAAGGUGCCCAGGAGGAGAAUAACGUGGUGGAGGUAACAGCCAUGAACCACCAAGGAAAGACAACUUCAGUGCCCAUUGCGAACCUUCACAUCAGCUGCCUGCCAAUGGUGAGCUUGGGUGAGUUUGAGCUAAAAGCACCAGUGACGAUCCGCUUGAAGGCUGGCACAGGACCAGUGACCAUCAGCGGCCUCCACCUUAUUGCUUCAGAGGUGGAAGAAUCAGACUUGGAGGAAGAAGAGGAGGAAGAUGAGGAUGACAUGGAAGAAGAAGACAUCAGUCCCGUCAAACCAGCAAAGAAGAAGCAGCAGCAGCAGCUGCAGUAGCCCUUGCCUCAGAGGUGGCGGUUGGGGCUUUUAGUUCUCCCUUGCUGAUACGUUUCAGGAAAUAAUUCACGGACACUGCCGGCCACGUUGGCACAGGACAUUACCAAACACCCGCGUCAGUUGUAUUCCUGGUGGCAACCCAACAUACUCCUCGGGUGAAUCACCCUCGUUCUCUCAAGCUCUUAUUCACACCACAAGCCUGAACUGUGGAUAUGAUCUGCUGUUGCUAUCAAAUGUUACCUAUUGUUUUCAUUGUAUAUAACAGUAAGUCACCACCUGUGAUGAGAAGACACAUCUGUUAUAUUUUAACAGUAAAAGUGUUGUUUUUGUUCCUGUGUUACAGUAAGGGAUCCGAGAUCAUUGACUUUUCUUAGUCACAAACACAUUUUGUAGUUUAAAAAUAGUUUUUCAACAUGAAAUGUUAAAACAAUAAAAUUUUGUAUUCAUAA